AGCUCAAAACCUAUAGACGCCGCUCUGAAUCCCGUUUGGCAUAAUGCUGGUGUUCAUCUAGUAGUGAAAGCCAGCUGGGACCAGAGCAUUCCUACUACAAAGAUUCAGCAGAUCCGAGACAGAAUGACUGGUCAAAUCGGAUACACUAUUCACAGGUUGAGCCCUGAUUCCGAGUGCUACGUUAAUGAGUGUGAUCAAUAUGAAACCAAUUGGCAAUGGGCAUUACGUGAGCCAGCUUACUCUUGUUUGCGACUUUUCAAGGCCAAAUAUGAUCUGGCUGAGGUUCUGUGGUGUAGAAAGUGCGUGGGAAGUGACGAGUGGCGGUCUUUAUCGUCAAGGCUUGACCAUGAGAUGGCCCAGCUACGGUCUUUCUAA